AUGGCCUGUAGUUUGUAUAUAAAGAAGACAUCGUUGCUUGUUCUUCAGUCUUCUACUGGUUCGAAUAAAGUUCAUUACCAGAACGACUUAACGAAUCAGUCAUUUUUCAUCGACAUUAUUUAUUCAAGAAUGGAAACAAUUUUCCGACCAACUUUCCUCGUCGCCGUACUUGGUAUAUUAGGGAUGGUCAUUGAAGCUAGGCCCCAAACAAAAUGCAUAGAAAAAGCAGCCGACAUAAUGUUCGUUUUGGAUUCCUCGAGCAGCAUCUGGAUUGUCCAUUACAAAGAGCAGCUCAACUUUGUCGCAGACCUUGUUGACAGUUUCGGCAUCAACAGUAGUAAAUCGAAAAUCCGAGUCGGCGCCAUAACCUUCAGUGAUCGAGCCUACCUGGAAUUUCCUUUAGGCCGUUACACAGACCCUGCUGAAUUGAAAAACGCCAUCUUAAAUAUCGUUCACAGACAUGGAUCAACGAAUACGGCCGAUGCUCUGAGGUUGCUUAAAGAACAAGUUGAACCUAAUUUGAAAACUAAUGAAGGACCAACUAUAGCCGUUGUGAUUACAGACGGAAAAUCAGCAAACAGAUUUAAGACUGAAAAAGAGGCUAAGAAACUGCAUCAACUUGGAAUUCAUGUUUAUGCGAUCGGUGUGGGCGAUUCCACUAAAUAUGAUAUUGAUGAGUUGAAGGCCAUUGCAAGCGACCCCGAUCACGGUGUAUAUACUGUGGAAAGUUACACAGAGUUGAAGAACAUUAAACGAACAUUCAACGUUAACCCAUGCAAAGACGAAACACCGAAACCAAUGCCUACCACCACCACCACCACUGAAGCUCCUACUACUACCACCACCACUGAAGCUCCUACUACUACCACCACCACUGCAGCUCCUACCACUACCACCACCACAGCAGCUCCUACCACUACCACCACCACAGCAGCUCCUACCACUACCACCACAACUGCAGCCCCUACUACUACCACCACAACUGCAGCCCCUACAACUACCACCACAACUGCAGCUCCUACCACUACCACCACAACUGCUGCUCCUACCACUACGACAACUAAGGCUCCAACCACAGUGAAGCCCACCAGGGAAACAACUGAAGAGAAACCACAAAAUGCCCAACCUGACCAUUUAAGAAAGACACAAUCAAGCAUUAUCCUGUUCGGUUACGACCUCGUUGGUAUGGGAGCCUAUCGUUCUGGUAUGAUUCACCAAUUUAUCAACACUAUCCUUCCACACACCGGCUAUGGACACUUCGGUAUUGUCUCCUACGGCUACUGCCCAUCCAGUUUCAACGUCCCCAUCACAUCUCUUAUGGACAAGAACCCGUCAAUUAUUAAAGACAGCGUCGUUACUGACGGUAAACUGCCCGAUCUUGUAGAUGUCGUCCGAAAAAUGAGACAUGUCUUGUCUACCCGUUCUGCCCAGAACGGCAUCAGCGGCCAUAUUGAAAACCAGGCAGCCGUUUUGUUUGUCGAUCCGUCCGUCACCACCAUUACCCCAGAACUGACCAAGGAAAUCAAAAUGCUUAAAAAGAAUGGAGUCCAGCUAUAUUUGGUCAAUGUCGGCCGGUGCGCAUGGCCACAGCCUGAUCAGCUUUACUCUAUGGGCAGUCAACCCUACCACAAGUACAUGUUCAAUUCUCCUCAUACCACCAAUUGUUACUCCAAGCUCAACACACCCUCUCCAUUUCAGAUCAAUCUAUAA